AUGGCCUGCAGUCAAACAGAUGCUGGCGCCUUGAGCAGGGCACAGAGGAGCAGAGAGACCCGGGACCGUCUGUUUGACCUGUCUGAAAGAAAAGAGCCCACGUCUGCUCCCUGUGAUUGGAUCGGGGGGGUUUUGCGGUGGCUGAUGGGACAGAGUUUGGCCAAGUGGCACACACUGAGCACGCUCCAUGGCGGGCAGAUGGACGAAGAGUGA